GAUGAAAUCAUCGGAUCACAGUUUUGCCUUUGUUUAGUUCAGUCCCCGCUCAAAAGGUGGCACUCACGUUUAAGUCCGAGCCGAUAAUUCGUCUACCCCGGUGCGUUUCCAUGACAACUCCAGCUUCGUCUUGAAAACGGCGUGUCCAGCGCGAAGCAUCGCCAGCGUUGCGGCGCCUCCGUCAGUCAAGUUCGCGUCGGCCGCGGGAGUGCUUUUUCGACAAACUGAGAUAUUUCGCGAUUAUUUUUAAAUUCGACGUGUGUUCACACUAAACUAGACUGUCACGUUUCUAGCACUGAAAUAUUAUGGAAUGACACAAAACGGAAGCUGAAGUAUGGCUCAACAGUGGGAGAAGCUGUCACCGCAAGAGUUCCAACAACUACAGGAUCUAGCUGCAUAUUCCAAUCGAAAGCUGCAAGAUGUUUUGGUGGAAUUCUGCGGGACAGGACCUCCAUAUAAGCAUAAUCCGGAUGGGGAGAUCGAUUUCGAGGGCUUUCGCAAGUUUCUGGAUAGUUUCCUGGAAGUACGUUCUCCUGACGAACUCUGUCGACACUUGUUCUUAUCCUUCGUCAAGGGAAUACACGUUGAAGGAAGAGCUUUCAAAGAGAUGACUGUCUUGAGCUCAACCACAGCUUGUGCACCGAUAACCUCACAUUUGAAAGGUUCAACGCCCAAUAUGAAUUCCAUCUGCGAGAUAAUGGAUCGUAACUUCACGAUAGAAAAACCGUCGACUUAUGGAGAGAUGAUAGUAGAAAAGAUCCAUGGUAUACAUGAAAAAUUAAUGGGACAUCACAGAUCAGAUAGCGACUGUUCUACACGAACUGGAAAAACAGGAACUGUCCAUCCAAUGCUAACCGUAACCCAUACAUCAUACUCAUGCCAUGAGGUGUUAGGAAAGAAAAGCACAGAAUCAUCACCGUCUCAUAGUCAGAUAUCCAGAAAUUCAUCAAAAAAGUCAAACAACUCGUUGCUAGUCAAUAAUGGAAAAUUAGAAGAAGUCAGACAUAUCGUAAGAAAAGCAAGCGCACUCGACGUAAACACUGUAAAAGUUUCUCUCAAGGACAUCGUAUGUUAUUUAUCGCUUCUGGAAGCUGGAAGACCGGAAGACAAGCUGGAAUUCAUGUUCCGAUUAUAUGACACUGAUGGAAAUGGCGUUUUGGAUAAAAACGAGAUGGACUCCAUCAUAAAUCAAAUGAUGGCUGUCGCGGAGUAUCUCGGAUGGGAUGUUUCUGAACUGAAGCCGAUUCUUCAAGACAUGAUGGUGGAGAUCGAUUACGAUGCGGAUGGAACGGUGAGCCUCGAAGAAUGGAAACGUGGAGGGCUAACCACAAUACCCCUCCUGGUCCUCCUCGGGUUGGAUCAGAAUGUUAAAGAGGACGGCAAUCAUCUAUGGCGGCUGAAGCAUUUCAAUCGACCGGCAUAUUGUAAUUUGUGUCUGAACAUGUUAGUCGGUCUGGGAAAAAAAGGAUUGUGUUGUACAUUCUGUAAAUUCACUGUUCACGAACGAUGCGUCCAUAGAGCACCUGCAAGUUGUAUAGCAACCUAUGUAAAAAGUAAGAAAUCGUCGCAAGCCCUCAAUCAUUUCUGGGUGGAAGGAAACUGCCAUGGGAAGUGUGCAAGAUGUCGAAAACCUGUGAAAGGCGGCAUAACAGGACUUCAUUGUAGAUGGUGCCAAAUUACCCUUCACAAUAAAUGCGUUUCCCAAGUUAAAGCUGAAUGCGGGUUGGGAGAGCAUGCUGUUCAUAUUCUUCCUCCUACAGCCAUAUGUCCAAUAGUUCUAGACAGACAAAGAUCUCUUCAGAAACGUGGUUCGAAGUAUGGACCAGAUAAUAACAGCUACUCUUCAGGAAACAAACAACCUGCGAUUUCUUUUCAAAUCACGCCAACUCCGAACACGGCGCCUCUAUUGGUUUUUAUCAAUCCAAAAUCGGGAGGCAGACAAGGAUUACGGAUAAUGAGGAAGUUUCAGUACAUCCUCAACCCGAGACAGGUGCACAACCUGGCAACAGGUGGUCCUAUGCAGGGUCUGAACAUGUUCAAGGACGUGCCAAAUUUCAAGGUCAUAUGCUGCGGUGGGGACGGCACUGUUGGUUGGGUUCUGGAAACUAUGGAUAAAGUGGAACUCGAUUGCCAGCCAGCUGUGGGUGUCAUUCCACUCGGCACUGGAAACGACCUGGCAAGAUGCCUACGUUGGGGCGGCGGAUACGAGGGAGAAUCCAUUCAUAAAAUCCUCCACAAAAUAGCAAGGGCAUCCACCGUACUCCUCGACAGAUGGCUCAUUGAACUGUCGGAUAGCGCGCCUCCUGAACCAGAUUUAACACAGGCCGAUACAAGGAUACCCUACAAUAUAAUCAAUAAUUAUUUUUCGAUUGGUGUGGAUGCCGCUAUUUGUGUGAAGUUCCAUCUUGAAAGGGAGAAGAAUCCAGAAAAAUUCAACAGCAGAAUGAAAAAUAAAUUGUGGUAUUUCGAAUACGCAACAUCCGAGCAAUUUGCGGCUUCUUGCAAAAACCUACACGAACAUAUCGACAUAGUGUGUGACAACGUUUCUUUGGACUUGGCAAACGGACUACCUCUUCAAGGAAUCGCCCUCCUGAAUAUACCGUACACGCACGGAGGAUCAAACUUAUGGGGCGACAAUCUAACGACUGCGAAGAAGAAGACGAAAAAGAAGAAGAGGCAGAAAGAUUUGAGCACCAGUAGCUUCAAUUCGAUCGAUCUCAAGGGGGCAGUGCAAGAUAUUGGUGACGGUUUGAUUGAAGUCAUAGGACUAGAGAAUUGUCUUCACAUGGGUCAAGUACGCACAGGUUUGAGAGCAAGUGGCAGAAGAUUGGCUCAGUGUUCUUCGGUUGUGAUAAAGACGAAAAAAACAUUCCCAAUGCAGAUUGAUGGAGAACCUUGGAUGCAGCCUCCUACAACGAUAAAGAUCACCCAUAAGAACCAGGUGCCGAUGUUGAUGGGUCCACCACCAGAGAAGGGAAGGGGGUUCUUCAAUUUUUUCAGAUCAUAAGAAUGAUUAGUUCUUAACCUCUGCAUUUUCUAGUCUGUCGAUAAAUUAGUUGUAUAAGCGACAAUAACGAAUCUCCCACUCGUUUUUGCAGUAUUAUAGUAUAAUUAUUGUAAGGAUAAAAAAACUAACGAAUACGAAACGUUAACAUCCGGAGAAUGUUUAAGUAAUUUGUUGUUCCGAAACUUUUCGAACUCACGAAUACCCAGUUGUCAUUCUCACUGUAAUUUUCUACACGAUCUUAGAUGUUGAAUUUGUACAUAUACUUUUACUGUUUCCGAAUAUCUAUACAGGGUGAUUUACGAAGACCGUUGGUUAGACUGUCAAAGCAAGACUCGAGAUAAACACUUGAAAUUUUACAGUUAAGCAAAUGAAUUCGUGGAAGAAACUUCAGAUUCGUUCUACUUCCGGUUUCAUCGGAAAUACUACCAACUUUCGUUUUUUGAUUGUAACAUCCAGUUUUUUUAUUCAUAACCAGAUUAUUGGUUCAAUGUACUACUAAUUUGGUUUUUCCAAAGGAGAACCUAUUUUUUUAUUGAUCAGGUAAAAUCUAUGGACAAAAAUAAUGUUCACCUAAGUGUUAUAGUUAGGUAGCCGAAGAGGGAAAUUCGGGAUUUACACAAGCGUAAUCUGACAGUUUUAUCGGGCCGAAAUAAUAAAAAUUGACCAUAAAGGUCGCAAAAAUCAGUUUUUUUGAAUUAUCUCCU